AUGACUCCCAUCAGAGUUGCAGCUAAAAUGACUAAACCAAUAGGACGUACCUCCUCCGUUCCUGCUCUUUACAAUGGGUCCUUCCUUCUCUCCGUCGUCAAGUUCAGCUAUGGACUCUGGAAUUACACGGAAGGAGAGGAUGGAAGACAAUGCAAGAAGGUCUACCUAGUCUGGCCUUCCUUCCUUCCUCCCAUCCAUCGCACAUGGCACCAGUUCGUUCCUUCCCUUCCUUGCCCUGACCUCACCAUGCUUCCAUUUGCCCUCCUGCCCUCCAAAGAAAAACACAAGAGCCUUUCCAUCCUAGCUCCCGGCCACCGUCUUCCACACCCCCCGGUCAUUUUUCCUCACACCCCCCGCUCCGAUUACUCCUUCUGGGUACCUCGUCUCCACUUCCCUCGCCCACUUUGCCCACGCAGUUCGCUCGGUGUCUUCAAAGUCUUCCCAUUCUUCGUCUUUCUUCGUCGCCGUCGCUGCAAAAAGCUCGCACACACCCCCUCUCCGUCCGGACCCACGCCUACACAGUCCUACGCUAACCCUGCCUUGCCUCUCUACCUUGUCUUUCUUGCCGACUGCCACCCGUCUGUCCUGUCCAAACAUUUUCUUCUCCCGCCCUCCUUGUGGGAAAUAUCACCUGGCUGGGAACCCAUCGCCGUCUGGUCUGGUCUUGUCUCGACUUGUUUUUCGUCCGUCAUCUCUUCUCCCGCAGACGCAUACAACACCUCCACGGCCUCAUAUAUCGACGACCGCCUCACCUCACGUCUAGGCCUUUGCGUUACGAACCCCCAUUCCCCGCGACCCUUCAACGACGCUGUCAUCCCCUCACGUGUGCGCCCUGCAGCAGCAAGACCCGGAGCUAUCAAGUCAAGUGUCGCAUUGGGUCCAUCGUCAAGCCCAUUUGAUUGGAAGAGGAGGCAUCUGCACCGGGGAAACAACAACGCACGCAUAACCAAAUUCCUGUUGGACCCCCAGUACCAGCACACUCACGCCCAACCACCGCCAGACAGGCCGAGGUACCCUGCACCAGUUUCAUUUGACUUCAUUGGAGAAAACCAGGGCAUUUCCACAGCGCUUCUACACUGCCAUCACUCACUCGGUCACGACAACCAUCACCGCCUCCGAGGGGAGAAAAAAAAAGAGUUCGAAACAGCACAACGCCACGUCGCUGUUGUCGGCUGGGGGAAAGAGAGACAACAUAAGCAGCCAGUACAGAAUCACGAGAAUGUGGAGUGGGAAGAUCCGGCUGAUAGGAACCAUCUGAGUGGCGUCGACAACGACCAAGUACACCCCAAAGAGUACUUACACCAGAUACUAAAUGCAUGUGUACCUGGAAUGACAUCGGAUAAGAGUACCUGGCACAACACAAUUGCUUCAUCUCAUCAUCACCGCAGCAGCAUCUCCCUGUUCAACCCAACGUCUGGCUACCCCACCGCGCCCGUCAGAAUACACCUAAGCGAUACAAACCUCCGAACAUCCAACUUCGACAUCUGA